UGUAGAAGUUCAAGCACACUAUGCUGAAGACCUGUCCUGAGGGUGCUGUAGAAAGUCUCCAGAGGGUCAUUUCAUGGGGGAAAAUCCUGCCAAGAACCAUUAUGCACAGCUUAACCAGGGAGAAGAGAAUGAGAUGGACAUAUUUGGCUACAAAACUCAAGGCUGCCGAAGGGCCUUGUGCAUUGCUGGAUACAUCUUGUCCUGUGGGGCUCUGAGACUGCUGUUUUACUGGAAGCCAGAGUGGGAUGUGUGGAUAAACUGCAUCCGAUGCAGCUUGGAAGAAGCAGAUAUUGUUCUGCUUAGAACAACGGAUGAUUUUCGGACUUAUUCUCGUAAGACUGUGACAUGGAUCUCUGUGUCUGCAUUUAUCAAAAGUGGAUCAGACUAUCCAGCCACUGAGGAAGACUCAAUCUUCAGCAAAGCCAUAAUGAAGCCAAGUUUGCUAGUGAAAACAAUUCAAGUACAAAAAAUCCGCUAUGUCUGGAAUGUCAAUGCAAAACAGUUCCAGAAAGUUGGAGUCCUAGAAGACCACUACACUUGCUCAGCUAUACAUGAUAAAUUUGGUUCUGGUCUCACCUGCAAUGAACAGAAUGUCAGGAGAGUUAUAUGUGGGCCAAACACUAUUGAUGUUCCAGUGAUCCCUAUUUGGAAACUACUCAUCAAAGAGGUCCUAAAUCCAUUUUACGUGUUCCAGCUGUUCAGUGUGUGUCUGUGGUUUGCUGAAGAUUACAUGGAGUAUGCCACUGCCAUCAUAUUCAUGUCUCUCCUCUCAAUAUUUUUGACCGUAUAUGAUCUUAGAAAGCAAUCCAUUAAACUGCACAGACUGGUUGAGUCUCAUAACAACAUCAUGGUCACUGUCUGCAGAAAUAAGGAAGAUUUCCAAGAGCUAGAAUCACACUACCUUGUUCCUGGAGAUUUGCUGAUUUUGAAAGAGGGCAAAACCCUUUUGCCUUGUGAUGCCGUCCUGGUCAGCGGGCAGUGCACUGUAAAUGAAAGCAUGCUGACAGGAGAAAGUAUUCCUGUAACAAAGAUCCACCUACCACAAGCUGAUAAUUUCAAGCCCUGGAGAGUGUACUGUUCAGAGGAUUACAGAAAACAUGUCCUCUUCUGUGGAACAGAGGUCAUCCAGACCAAGGCAGAUGACAGAGGAGUAGUGAAAGCUGUGGUGCUGCAGACUGGUUUCAACACAGCCAAGGGGGAUCUGGUGAGGUCCAUUCUUUACCCUAAACCCAUGAACUUCAAGCUGUACAGAGAUGCCCUCCGGUUCCUGAUGUGCCUCAUAGCAUUUGCAGCCAUUGGAAUGAUCUACACUGUGUGUGUAUUUGCACUUAAUGGGGAGGAGACAGGAGAAGUGGUGAAGAAGGCUUUGGAUGUUAUCACCAUUGCUGUCCCACCGGCUCUGCCAGCUGCCUUGACAACAGGAAUCAUUUAUACCCAGCAGAGGUUGAAGAAAAAGGGCAUCUUUUGCAUCAGCCCACAGAGGAUCAACAUGUGUGGACAGCUGAACCUUGUCUGCUUUGAUAAAACUGGCACCUUAACAGAAGAUGGCCUGGAUCUUUGGGGCUUGCUGCCCUCUGAAAGAAACUGCUUUCAGAAUAUUCACAGUUUCCCUGCAGACCACGGCCUGCCUUGGGGCCCAGUGUUCAAAGCACUGGCAGUUUGUCAUUCAUUAAUUGUUUGGGAGGGCAAGAUCCAAGGAGACCCAUUGGAUGUGAAAAUGUUCGAGGCCACUAACUGGGUGAUAGAUGAUUCCAGUAGACACCAGAAUGAAGGUCAAGGAUCCACACAUGCCACUGUUGUUAGACCUGGACUUCAAGCCACCCCUGCCCCUGUGGAAGGAAUUACCAUUUUACAUCAGUUCCCAUUUUCCUCAGCCUUGCAAAGAAUGUCUGUCAUUGCCCAGGAAAUUGGUGGGGACCCACAGGCCUUCAUAAAAGGAGCUCCUGAAACAGUAGCCAUGCUGUGUAGAGCAGAAACAGUCCCAUCGAACUUUGAAAGCAAGCUCCUGCUCUACACAGCACAGGGCUUUCGGGUCAUUGGCCUGGCCUGUAAAUCUCUGCAGGCAGGGAAGCCACCUGCUGCUCUAACAAGGGAGGAGGUAGAAUCUGAUCUGACAUUCCUGGGUCUGCUGAUCAUGGAGAAUCGAUUAAAGAGGGAGACAAAGCCUGUUCUGGAAGAGCUCAGUGCUGCCCGCAUCAGGAGUGUUAUGGUCACAGGGGACAACAUUCAGACAGCUAUAACAGUUGCAAAAAAUGCUGGCAUGAUAGCUCCAACACACAGAGUGAUUCUUGUGGAAGCAAACAAAGUGCCUGGAUCUUUUUCAGCAUCUAUAACCUGGAAAUCUCUAGAAGAAAACAAAAUUGAAGACUACAGAAGCCUGGAGGAUGACAGUCAGACUGAGCCAGGAACCAGGCUGGCAUUGGGAUCAGGCCAGUAUCAUUUUGCCAUGAGUGGAAAAUCUUACCAAAUUGUAGCAAACCAUUUCAGGCACUUACUUCCAAAGCUCUUGCUGAAUGGAACAGUUUUUGCUAGAAUGUCUCCUAGUCAGAAAUCCAGUCUUGUAGAAGAGUUUCAAAAGCUGGAUUACUUUGUGGGCAUGUGUGGAGAUGGAGCCAAUGACUGUGGGGCUUUGAAAGUGGCACAUGCAGGGAUAUCACUGUCGGAGCAGGAGGCGUCUGUGGCUUCCCCUUUCACAUCCCGAACACCCAGCAUAGCCUGUGUUCCAGAGCUGAUCAGGGAAGGCCGUGCUGCUCUUGUCACUUCCUUCUGCAUGUUCAAGUACAUGGCACUGUACAGCAUAAUUCAGUACCUUGGUGUUCUCCUGCUUUACUGGCAACUAAACUCCUUUGGGAAUUACCAAUUUUUGUUCCAAGAUCUGGCUAUUACCACCGUAAUUGGUGUGACAAUGAGUUUCACACGUGCCUAUCCAAAGCUGGUCCCCUACAGGCCUCCAAGCCAGCUCAUCUCACCCCCACUGCUGCUCUCUGUUGUGCUUAACAUCCUCUUCAGCCUCAGCAUGCAGAUCUUUGGGUUCGUGGUGGUCCAGGAGCAGCCUUGGUAUUCCCAGACCGAUAUACACAGCGCCUGCCUGUCAGUGAACAACCAUGAGAGGAAUUCAUCCUCCAGCAUGGGGCUCCACGGGGUGAGAGAUGGAGCCCAUGAGCAAACAGACAAUGGCUUCAAGAGCUAUGAAAACACCACAGUGUGGCUGCUAAGUACCAUCAAUUGCCUCAUUGUAGCACUAGUGUUUUCCAAGGGAAAGCCCUUCAGGCAACCCAUCUACACCAACUAUGUGUUCAUACUGGUGCUCAUAGGGCAGCUGGGCAUUUGCCUCUUCCUGAUGUUUGCUGACAUUGAUGAUCUCUACUCCAAGAUGGAUCUCGUUUGCACCCCUACCACGUGGCGAAUCUCCAUGGUGGGAAUGCUUGCAGUCACACUGGCUGUGUCCUUCAUUGUCGAGGAAGCUGUCAUUGAGAACAGACCCCUGUGGCUGCUUCUGAAAAAGACAUUCCGGUACCACUCAAAGAGCCACUACAAGAGACUGCAGCUCGUGUUGGAGCAGGACUCAGCCUGGCCACCUCUCAAUGAAACCUUCUUCUCAGAAUCUGUGGCAGUAACAGUAGAAGGAAAUAUGGGAGGCCAUAGCAAUCCAACAUUUGACAGCAGUGAGGACUCACUCUGAAGGAAACUGUAGUGGACACAUGCCCAGGACAGUUGAAUUUGAUCUUAAAAGGACUCAAUGACUUAAAAAGAGAAAGGGCUGACUCAUUACUGCUCUCCCAUUCUAGGAGUAACCAGCUCUUGCUUACACCUAAAUUAACUGGAAGCACAAAAUCUUCUGCAGUAACAUAAAGCCACAAUGAUGUUUCCUCUGUCCCCUUGCCCAUGUACAAAUGGCUGCCAGCUGAAUACUGGUAAAGUAUUUGUGGUUGAAACACCCCACUGCUGCGUCCCUCUGUUGAACUGCAUUGUGCAGUCCCUAAGGGUGGGACAUGCUCCAGAUGAGAAGUAGCUAAUUGCAAUAGCAGCACUUCCCUGGGCAGUUCCCCUUUGAGAAACAGUAAGAACUUCUGAUAGAGACUGCUGAGCAUAGGUGUCCCUGGGAUUCCUCGGGGAGUUUCAGAUGCUGCUUCUCAGUGUCUUGAUUAUUUUUGGAGGUUUUAACCCUCCUGGCAAUACUUGGCUUCCAGAGCUGAGAGGAUCUGCAAACAGCCAAAGCUUUCUGGAAGUGUCUACUCCCAGCACCACCGUGCUUUUCCCAUGAUGGGAACAGGAAGCACUCUCUUGCUGGCUCACUGCUACCAGGAAACCUGUUUGCCCUCUUAGUUUUUAGCAAGUGAUAUUUGCAUUUUAUGGGUAAAAAAAAUUAUUAACCUGCAAAGCAGAAUAAUUUCUUAUUUAACUUUUUUUUUUUUUUUUUUUUUUUUGGCAGGAGGUAUUUUUUCAGGCUAUCCAUUAAACUGUAGAAUGGAAUGUAUUGAUUACAAAUUAUGAUCUCAUGCGUCAAGGACAUGCUGUCCCAUGUGGUGUGAGCUUUCUUUACCAGGGCAGGUUCUGCACAGCUGGCCUGCCUCCUGGCAUCAGUUUUACCAGUGCCAAAGGAGGCAAACAUUGAAGGGGUUAUUAACCUCAAGAACCUAAGGCCUGAAAUAAAAGAUGUGGAGCGAGCUAGGCCUCAAAAUAAUUUUUUAAAAAUUCUGUGGCGUGCUCUUAAGUUGAACCAUCUGAGGUUUAGUCUGUGGUUUCUCCAUAAUUGUAGAUGCAAUUCAAUCAUCAGCUCAUAUCCCUCAUCUGUUAACCUUUGAUGGAGAAUUUUACUCACUUUGCUGUGCUGUAUUUGCCAUACAGAAAUGCAACAAUACUGCACAUUCCCACAAGUGUUACCCACUAAGAAAAAAAGCAGCUUCUACCUGCACACACUCUCUUAGCCCACUGAUGUUAAUCUACAUUUCUCCUCACUGCAUUUUGCAAUUUUGGUCCCCAGCUGGAUGAAACAAGAUAGUCAAUCAGAAGGGCUUUGGCCCAAAGGAACACUUCCUUCCUUGGAUAAGAUUUGCAGGGGAGCUGUGCUUUUUGAGUUGACUUCACAGUUUGUUUUCCACUGUUGGAGCUAGCCCAUGUUUUUACUGGGUGGAUCUGAGAAGCACUUUAUUAAUGGAGACUGUAUUUUCCCACCAUUGUGUGCUAAAGCGCUCACGUGCUGCCACAAAAAGCCAGGAAACAGGGAAGUUUGGCAUCAUGGGAAAGACUUAUUUGGUUUUUAGAUUUAAAAAUCAGCUUGGGAAACAGAGGGCAAGUCAGAAGAAAUCGUUGUUUUGAGUCAACAUAUCUGCACCAGAGUAGAGUCUGAAAAUAAUCUAGCCUGAACCUAAAAUAACUAAGAAAAUA